AUAAAGAAAAAGAUAAAAAGGUCUCAUUUUCUUUACCCAUAAAAGCCUGCACCCAUCUCUCUUACACCCAAUUUUCUCUCUCUAAAAGAAGAAGACAAACUACUCACUCUCAGAUCCUUCUAUUCUUCACAAAUGAUGCUUACUCUUUCUUCAAUUCCUUUUUUCUCUUUGUAAUUUUUCAUACUAAUUAUUCAGCUAUUUUUUAAUUCAUAUCGAUUUGGGUAAAUGAGGUGUAAAAAGCACCUUUCUGACCUGAGUAGCAGCGUCGGCGUCUGCGCUUCAUGUCUCCGGGAAAGGCUAUUUGCGGUUAUGGCUGCGCAGGCCCAGGCCCAGGCCCAGGCACGGGCUCAUGUUCAGCAGCAGCUGUUUCAGGAGGAUCACCGGAAAUCCGAUGGAAAUCCUCCACCGUUGAUGUUUCCUCGCUCUGUUUCGCCGUAUAUAUCUCGCCGGAAAUCUGAUACGACGCCGUGGCAAUACCAGCACAAUUCACUUCCGUCUAUUCCGGAUCAAAGAUUUUAUAGUACUCCGCAAGUGGGACCUUACGGUACGGUAAUUGCUGCUGGACCUUAUAAGAAGAAAGGUUAUUUUAGAUUUUUCUCUGGUCUGUUUAGAUCCAAGUCGGAUAAACUAGAUUCGGAUCGUAGGCUUUCCAAUUCCGGUGAUGCUUGCCCGGCGUCUUCUUCUUCACCGUCUUGGUUCUCCACGAUCCUCUCCGGUCGCCGGAAAAAGCAGUCACGCACGUUUUCUUUAGAAGAAUCAACGAUCGGAGGUCAUCGGAGGACGCAUCGUAAUCGCGAUCGAGGAAUGUCUCCUGCUCGAUAUUCAGACGAUGAGGAAGACGAGCAUUGCGGCGGAUCGAGCGGGUACUCAUCUGAGUCAUCACAGGGUUGGAAACAGACUCCGAGAAGAACACCGGCAGCUCAAGUAGGCCGACGAGGGAAAGCAAGUCAUAAUCGGAACCUCACUGGAAUGUCGUUUUGCUUGAGUCCGUUAGUGCGAGCGAGCCCUAGCCGAAAUUGGAACCAGAAGGGAAUGCCACCUGAAAUGGUGUUUUCCGGCGAGAUAAGAGUAGCAGCAAAACCUCAGCUCUCCACAGCGACGUCGUUUUGCAAGAACAGAUCGAGGAAGCUUGCCGAUUUCGGCAGGUUCAAUCCCAAGCGCUGAUUUCAGUGAACGUUGACAUUUGACCAUUUCAACCUCUACAACUGUGAGCAUAGAAAAGUGGAAGUACGGUUAUACCCUUGUUUGUUUUAGCUUCGUUCAUCAGUAUUUACUGUACAAUUCCACAAAAUACAAGGAAAAAUAAUCAAAAUAUUUUAUCAUGUAACUUGUUUUCCCGACAUAUGAUUAGCAAUGUAUUAUCCGAAUAACCCGACCCAUUUUCUCAGAUUGUAAUAGAACAAAACUUAGUGGAUUGGGUGUGGUCGUGGAACAUGGUGGAUGGUGCUUCCUCAUUUAGUUUUUUUCAGUGUUAGGUAGGCUACAAGAUUUGGUUUUUUUUUUUUUUUUUUUUGAUGAGUGAACAGGGCAAGACCAUGAGUUAAAUUAUGGGCUAUACAGGUUGCUUUUUUGUCUAGGUAAAAAGAAUGUUAUUAUCUUCAUAUUUUUAUUGCUAUAUAAACGUAACUUCUA